UAAGAGCCAUAACCCUCAUACUUCAGCGCAUACACCAGCCUCACCCUAAUGGGUUUAGGGAGAAAUUUUUCCUGUGGGCAAAUUAUAUCAUAGCUCCCUUAUGCAGCUUCCUUCAAAGCCUCUUGUAUGGGCCACUAUUAGAGAAGAUACCAGACUAGAAGGCCCACUGGUCUGAUCCAGUCUAGAAUUUGUAUAUUCCUAUGUUAUGUGGCUAGUCUCUUUUAAUGUGGCCUCCAUGGCAUUUUUAGGCAUCAGCUCUUCAUCUCCCAUAGCAGAGACAUGGGUCUCUCAUGCCACCCAUACAACUAGCUGUCCCAGGAGUGGUCCAUGCUGGGGCCAGACUGUCUGAUUGGCCCUGGUGCAGUGGGAGGAGGAGACCCCCGGGGACUUAGUGCACAGAAAAGGGAAAUAGAUUCCCUGGUAUAAGCAGGGAGCAGUCUCAUUAAGUUGGGGUGCAGAGUACUGAGGAGGAGUGCCUAGGGCAAGAAGAAAGGAAAGGGGCAUCUGGAGCUGCUCCCUGGUGCCAGCCUGGGGUACUCUCACCAGCCUGUGCCCCUCCAGAGCAUGCAGCAUGGAAAUGUCUCUGUGAGAGCAGCAGGGGUCGCUGCUCUCUCCAGGUGGUCUCAGUGCAGAGGUGUCAGGGACAGAUUGUUCGGUAUCAGCCCCAUGACCUGUGCAGAACAGUGAGGCACUGGGACCCAGUCUUUCUGCCAGACGUUUAUCUCCGAAGUUGAAGGUUUCACCAGUGCCAGGUGCUCAGUUCCCACACUGUGGGGAGAACCACGCCUGACCAAGAAACCACUGACGUGUCACCUUUCCAGGCAGAGUCCAAAGCAGAGCCCAAAGCAAGGAGAGGAAACGUCAGGACAAUGGCCAUUUCUGCCUUGUGGUGUCUCUUUUUUCCCCUCCUCACUUGGGGCUGCCCAUCAGGAUGUGUUGAGGAGAGCCCUGUGCACCACGAUGUCACUGGAGACGCAAAGAAACCUGUAUUUUUGAGAGAUAUUGCAGCCACAACAGCCUUCAUCAGUGCUGCUGAGGUGGCCGUCAUUGGAUUCUUCCAGGAAUUAGAGAGGCCAGAAGUUUCGAACUUCCACAUUGUUGUAGGAAAAAUCCAGGAGGUGCCGUUUGGACUCAGUACCAACCCUGAGGUCCUGUCUCAUUAUAACAUCACGAGCAAUACCAUCUCCAUCUUUCGCAUGGUGGACGACAAACGUCAAGAUUUGGAACUCACCAAUGGCAAAAAAAUUGAUGCUGCCAAGAUGAGCCGUUUCAUUCAGAUCAAUGAGCUGCGAAUGGUGACAGAGUACAACCCUGUGACGGCAAUAGGUCUGUUCAACAGUACAGUCCAGACCCACCUCCUCCUCUUCACAGACAAGACCUCCCAGGAGCAUACGGAGCGAGUGCGCAGGUACCGGGAGGCAGCGGAACUCUUCCGAGGAAAGAUUCUUUUUGUCCUGGUGGACAGCAAUGUGAAGGGUAAUGAGCGUGUGAUGUCUUUCUUCAACCUGAAGAAGUCCCAGCUGCCAGCUCUGGCUAUAUUCCACACGCCAGAUGAGCAGCAGGAUGUGCUGCCUCUGGGUGAGGUCACAGUGGAGCGUGUGCAAGACUUCUGCAGUAGCUUCUUAGAGAGAAAGCAAAGGAAAGAAGAUCCCAGCCCAGAGGAGAAGACGGAGCUCUGACUCCCAUCUCAAUCACCGGAUAAAACACUGUGGCUCUUCCCAGUGCCACCUGCACUCCGUAUAAGAAGAGUUCACUGUGCCCAACAUCUCUGGAGGCCCUGAGACAAUAGGAAUAUGAGGCCAAGUAAACCAUGAUCAACUCUUCUCCAUUCCACAUACAUAUACAUGUAUGCUCUUUCUCCUCUCUAGGUAUCUCUCUCUCCUUCUCACUUGCCAGUUCCAUCCUGUCUCAUCUUAAUGCUCCAGGAGCCAUGGCACUGUACUGCAUUGGUCCUUCUGGGCUCCCACUGCCUGUUGCCAUAUAUGAGAGCACGAGGCAAUAUGAUGAAACUGCAGUGUCAAAAACAUGCCUUGCAGAAAGUUUAUGCCCAGAUUGGCAGGUCUGUUUCCCUGAUGACUCUGUCUCUGCCCCCUUAAUACAUGGUUCCCCACCCCCCAAUCUGGCACUGGUACUGUGUUGGGAUUCCCUUACACAUCUCUCUGGGUCUAGGAGCUUAUUUGUUGCCUGAGGUCACAUGACCUAUAACAUUACAUGUUA